CCAGCGCCCAUCAUCCCCAGUGCAGCAGGGAGUUGUCGAUCAGCAACAGCUGGAGACACCCCACCACCACCACCACACCAAAGAGCGGGGUGCACAGGGCUGGCCAUAGGGCAGGCCCCUCUCUUCUAACGCCCAUUCAAAUGAACGAGAAGGGGGUCCUGCACUGGCUGGCUUGCCUCGGGCCCUGCACCCCACCAGGACCCUCUAAGGGCAGGCCGGGGGGGGGGGGCGGCACAGACAGCAUCAAUGCACAGCCACAGAGGAGGCAGGAGAGAAAUGUGGUGACCGGAAGAGGGGAGGAGGACCAGGCCGUCUCUGCAGCCUGGGAAGAUUUCCCCAAAAUGUUUGAAGACUCUGAUCCCAGGCAUGAACUUUGGGAGGAGGAGGAGGAAGAAGAAGAAGAAGAUGAUGAAGAAGAAGAGGAGGAGGAGGAAGAAGAAGAAGAAGAAGAGGAUGCCUCUGAUUCCCCCUCAGAUGACAGUGAGGUCUGCAGCUGCAAUGAACCUGAGGAGUGUGGGAGAUGGGGUCCAGAUCCAGCCUCUGGCCUCUUACGGCAAUGGCACCUCUGGAAACGCCAGCGCUCCCGCCACCGGCAUUUUGCACCGUAUCGUCGUCGGGAUCGAAGUUGCACAGGAAGCAGUCAGUGGGCAGAAGAGACGCCCCCUUGGGGGGAAGAGACGCCCCCUUGGGACUACCCUCCAUCUUCCUGGGUGCGCGAUACAGAAGCAAUCUGCAGGAGAAGUUGGCACUUAACGGAGCAGGCGGCCCUGGCCUCUUCCCGGACCCUCUCCCAUCCUUCCUUCCAGACCUUCUACGAUGCGGUCUCUAUCCCAGGCCACCCUUCCAGUCUCCCUGCGGUGGCAGGCCACGUUCUGCCCUCCAAGUCUGGCCCCAGUGCAGGCUCCCUUCCGCUCGUGGACUGCAGCGGCUUCUACUAUACAGAUCCAACGAUGCCAACAGGACAUCGGAUUUACAAUUGCCUCUCCAGCACCUCCCAGGAAGUCUUCCGCAGCCUGCGUCUCAACACCCCAGCUCCCCUCAUGUCAGUCCAGGAAGCUUCUCCUCCGCCCGGACCCUGUGCCAGCAGCCAGUGGCUUUCAGACCCGGAGUGCAAGGCCAUCUCUGCUCUUCUGGAGCUCCCAGCUGGUAUGCACCACAGCACAGGUGCUGGCCAAUCCCCCCUCUUGCUGGAAGAAGCAGAGGCACACGAGGGGAAAGAGGCCCCGGAUCUGCCGCAGUAGCGGGUGGCCGUUUGGCUCCAAGGCAGCCCCGUCCACGUACCUUGCCGCGAGCCUGGACUGUGGCUUGCCGCCUUGGGCAGCUUGCGUAGGAAGGGUUUGCCCUGCUUGGGCGUGAGGCGGCCAGCCCUUCCCAAAGGGCUGCUUUCUUUUGGAGCCAAAAGGGGCGGAAGCGCUCCGUCCCUGGGCCACCUUUUGCUUGGCCUAGGCUGGGAAGAAGUGGGUGGGAAGAUCUCCUCCCGGGGUGGCAGAAUCCCCACAAGGCCCUCUUGCACAGAGAGCUGCCUGAGGUUUGAGCCUGGGAGUGCCCAGGCCCCCCACUGCCCACCCCCCAAGUGAAGGCAGCGGGUCCUGCCGAGAGGGGACCGUUUGGAGUCCUGGUUGGCUCCGGUGACGGUGGUUUGGUUUGGUGGAGCAGAGUGCAGUGUGGCCCCCGGCCUGGGAGGAUCUGGGAAGGGCCUUCUGUGUCCCGGCUGAGCCAAGAAACACGGGAUUGAGGCUGGCUGGCCCACUCUGUCCGUUCUUGUUCGGUUUUGUGUUUGUGUUUUUUCCUGUUCCUAAAAGUUAAACCAGGAGAGUGUCUCCUGGGAAAUAAAGUUCCGUUGAGAAGAUG